AGGCACGCGGGCCAAAGUCCUCAGAGGCCCUGCGGGCGGUGCCGAGACACCCGCGCGGCUGCAGGAGCCGCAGCUCGCACCCGCUGCAGCGCCCGCCGCAGUCAGCGCGCCCCGCGCCGCCUGCGUCCCCCACGCCCUGAGGGAGACCCCCCACCCCUCGCCUGCUCCAGCGGUGCGCGCCAUGGCCCCGCGCAAGAAUGCCAAGGGCGGCGGCGGCAACAGCAGCAGCAGCAGCAGUUCCAGCAGCCCGAGCACCUGCACCAGCGGCGGCAGCAGCAGCCCCGGGGCCCGGAAAGAGACAAAGCAUGGAGGACACAAGAAUGGGAGGAAAGGAGGACUUUCUGGAAGUUCGUUUUUCACGUGGUUUAUGGUCAUUGCAUUGCUCGGAGUCUGGACGUCGGUAGCUGUGGUCUGGUUUGAUCUUGUUGAUUACGAGGAAGUGCUGGGAAAACUGGGAAUCUAUGAUGCUGAUGGUGAUGGAGAUUUUGAUGUAGAUGAUGCCAAAGUUUUAUUAGAAGGACCUGGUGGGGUAGCCAAGAGAAAAACCAAGGCUAAAGUUAAAGAACUCACUAAAGAAGAGCUCAAGAAGGAAAAAGAGAAGCUUGAGUCAAGGAGGGAAAGUAAGCAUGAAGAGAGAAAAAGGGGCAAGAAAGAAAAGGAGGAUGACCGGAAGGAGAAGAAAAUUGCGGAUUCAGUUGUCUCCAGGAAAGAGUCUCCUAGGGUUAAAAAGGACAAAGACAAGGAGAAAGCGGGACUAGGUAAAGGUACUAAAGCCAAGGAAAAUAGGAAAAAAUCAACGAAUAUCAAGGAUUCUUCUGGUAAAGUGGCACCCAAAGACAAAGAUGAUAGAAAAUCAGGGAGAAGUUCUGCCAAACAGGCACACUUAGCAAAGGGGAGCAACGAGAAGAGAAAGAACUGAAGCUGCAGCAGCGUCCCAGGAAAUGGUAACAUUCUUCAUCGUGAUUUGCUGCUGAAGGGCAUAGAAAACUUGGUAUUGCUCUGGUUGGGGAAGAUGUGUCAUUUAGCCAUUGACUAUAUUUAUUGAUGCUCAACCAAGUAAAUUCUUUGAAAUUGAGGUAUCCGUCUCAUGCUUCGAAAUGUAAAAGAUGAAGCUUUAAAACAAUAUGUAAUAAAAAUAUGAUGUAGUAACGUCUGUUUUUAUUAACUUAUUGAUCGUGUAUCAGGUAAAUGUAUAUGUGUAAUAUGAAUUGUAAUGAUUUAUUAAUACAGAAUAUUUUCACUGGAGUUCAGCAAGAAUAUGAAAAUUUUAAAUAGUAUUUAUAUGCAGAGUGAUUUGUAAGUUUCAGGAAUGAUAAAUACUCAGGUAGGUAGGAGGUUACCACCUUCUCUGUUAGCUGUUGUCUUUCUUCCCUCCUUCGCCUUCCUGCUUUCCUGCUUCCCAUUCUUCUUCAACUACCCUUUUCCUUCUCCGCUUCCUUUCUCCAUCCCCUUUUCCUUCCCCCAGCUCUUCCCAGGGCAUCUCCUCCGGCUCUUGUGAAGUUGCCUGUGAGUCUCCGUCCCCAGGCCCAGCCAGUGCCAUCCCCCUCCCCCCGCCCCCCUCUCAGGGGGCUGCUCCUUCCUCAGGCUCUUCCCCAUUCAGCUCCUUUUCAUCUCUCCUCCUGGUCUUUUACCAUCUGCUUUACCUCCUUUUUCACCCCCCUGUGCUGCCUCACUCCUCACCCUGCCUCACCCACUCCAACCAUCCCUCCCCCACCUUCUCCUGUUGCCCAGUACUUAGUGUUCACUGUGUUCUGAGAAUUCUAGAAACAGUCCUGGAUAAAAGAGAGAAUUUUAUGUAGAAGAACAAUUUUAGAAUGCUUAUUUAUGACAUCUUUACAGACUCAGAAUAGUUAUAGAAAGGCUUUAAUUAUUUCAAAUUAGGAUAUACUUUCAUUUUAUAUCACAAUUUUUCAGUUAUAUUGGUGGAAUGGCAUAUAUUUUUCAUAUUUGAUUGUAUCAUACUUGUUUACCGUUUCUAAGGAGUUGCAAAUUUGAGAUCAAAAUUGAGUUCAGAAAACAUUUAAUAAAAUGAAGUUUCUAUAAGAAAUACAUUUCUACAAAUGGUCUGUGCUGUUCUACAUGAAGUCUUAAUUCUGUAACCGUGACUGCUGGUGAAAUUCAGUUACUGAAUUUGAGAAGAAUAACCUGAUUUGUUGUAACUGCAUCGUAAGUGCUGCCACAAAAUUUUUAUUUUAUUUUUAAAAUAAUUCUUCACCUUUUUCUUUGAAGAGCCUUUAAAAACAGAGAUUUUGGCCUAAUUAAAGAUAUUUCAAAUCAGAAGUGAGUAAGUGUUAAGUGCAAAUUUUCUAAAAGUAUUUGUGUUUUUUGUUUUUUUAAUAUGCUGGCACCUUUUACUGCUUAAAAUCAAGCACCUGGACAUUUAGUUGACAAAAAUUCCAACAGACAUAAUAAAAUUAUCCAGCAAGGGGGCAGGCCUAGAGAAUAUCUAGUCUAAUAUCUCUAAUCCAAUCCUAUCAUUCUGUUGUGUAAAAACUGAGUCCCAAAGAAAUUGUCACAUGGGUUAACUUGGGGCUUCCUAUGUUGAUCAGUCCGGAUUUUAUUAUUUUUAUAGUUUGAUUAUAGGAGCACAGUAAACCACAGUGAAUUUUAUGGCUCAUUUGGUGGCAAAUACAGGGGCCCUGGCUUGAGGUGAGUAGAUCCCAAGUACAGACCUGUAAUCAGCUGUUUCCUCCUAGCUCUCUUCUCAAAUCUUGACCCUGCUGAUUUCUACUUGACUUUAUUCUAUGUGGAGGUGCUACCACUUGAUGAGGAAGGUGGCCCUCUGGGGGCCCCAGACACAUUUUUCUAGUUUAGCCAUCCUUGUACAAAGAUGCAGUUUUCUGGGCUGGCCCUGGGGGAUUCUGGCUGUCCUGGUUAGGCCUGGAAGCAUCUGUGACCAUUCCUGUAAUCGGGGGACAGACUGGCUCCUGUGCACAAAGCUUUGGGUGUGGGUUGAGGGAUUCCCUCUCAAACCACAUGAAAUGCUUCCUGCAGGAAAGAGUUUCUGGGAGAAGAAGAGGGAGACUCUGAGAACUGGACAGAACGAGAAGCAAAACUAUAUCCACCGACCACAUAAAAUUACAAUCUUUAAAAAAUAUAUACUGAUGUUAGGUCUUGCUAAGAUAAAUAGAUUGAGUUUUUAAAUUUAUGUAUCAAAUUUUAAGUGUUAAUUUCUGUACAGAUGACUUUUUUUUUUUCUCCCUUGUAGAGAAGGGCAGCAAAUUAUAAUGACCUUUACUGAGGGCAUUCUAAUAAUUUUUACUUUGGUUUUUGAAGGACAGUCAAUGGCUGUGGGGCAUAAAGUACAUAAAUGCUAAAUUCUAAGAAAUUAGUGAAAAAAAUUUAGACUAACCCUAAUCAGCGUAAGCAUAUAAGCAUUAUCUGUUGCUAUUUAAUAAAGCGCCUGGAAAUAUUUUAGUUCUAUCAUUGAGUUUCCCUUUGAAUAACAACUCAAGAAUUGAAUUGAAACUUCUGUCCUAAAAUAUUAAAAAUAUUUCAAGAGCUCUUGAGAACUGGGAAUUGGCUUACUUUCUUUUUUUUCUUUCCUUCCAUUUUCUUCAGUAAAUAAAGGUUUCAACUGAAUUUUAUUGAAAUUGAGGUGACACUUUACUCAGAUGCAGUUUUUUACUGUUCACCUAAAAAACUUAGUGGAAAUAUGCUUUUGGUCAUGAUUAAUGGGUUAAAAUUAUGCUUGCUUUCUCAGUUUUACUUACUUUUUUAUUCAGUAUGUAGUUAUUUCUAUAUUCUGCUGCUUCAUAUUUUUAUGUAAGGAUAAUUAAAACCAGAAAGGUCACCUUUUUGAAAUGUCAACUAAAAACAGGGACAAAAAUUAUAUAACUUGAAGUAGUUGGGAGUCAGAAAAAGUCCUGAAAAGUGAAAAUUAAAUACUGAGUAUAAAUGUAUUUUGUUAUAUCACUAACAUUACUUAAGCUACACUAAGAGAUGAUGCAUAGAAUUCUAAAAAAUGACAUUCUUGGCAUAAUUUUCCUUUGUAUAACAUUUCCCAUGUGAGUAGCAGUCAUCGUAAAGACGGUCAGUUGUACAAAAAUAUUUGAGAGCUCAUCAGUUUUUCCAGGAAUCUAUUAUCCUAUAGUGUUCAGAAUACUUUCUUUGGAAGAACUUUAUAAUCAUUGAUAUUUUUCCUUCAGUUGUGAUUUGUAAUUUCUGUGUUUUCAUUGGUUAAUGGCUUUGUGUGUGAAUUUCAGUUAUUUCUAACAUCGCUUGUAAUCAACUAUUCGCAAUCUUAUUUUUUUCAAGAUUUUCAGUUUUACUUUAUGGAUGAUUUGCAUUGUGUAUAGGCGGUCCCACAGCAUUUCAAAAUGAGGGAGAGACUGGUAAAGAAAUUGACAUAAAUCUGUUAGCAUGAAAGUUUGAAUUAAUCCCGGGGAAUUAAUUCUGCCAGAGAUUGGCUCAUAGAGAGUAUUUUGUAGUGUUAUGGCCUGUGUAGCCAUCCAACUUUGUAACUUCAGAGGUUCUCAUAAUGAUUACUUGGGUAGUAGGGACUCUCUGUAUAUACUUCCAUUAGAAAACAAAGAACGAGAGCAAACAGGUAUGAUUUUAAAUGUUAACGGUUUGGGAAUUCCCUGGCGGUCCGGUGGUUAGGACUCUGUGCUUCAGUGCAGGGGGCACAGGUUCCAUCCCUGGAUGGGGAAGUGAGGUCCCACAUGCCGCACGGCCAAAGGAAACAAAAUUUUUUUAGUGAUUUAAGUUAACUUAAAUGUCAUUUUCCAUGAAAUGGGUCUGCUGAUUUGGUCUGUGUCUGCAGACUUUUAUUCCUUUCUCCUGUGUCUUCCACUGUUCCUUCUGUUAAUGCCCCUUGGUAACAAUUCUCCAAAUCGGUUACUCAGUCCACCAUAAAAUGCAUCUUGGAAAUGCUGGUUUUUCUCUCCUUUCCCUCGAGGUGAUUGUGCGUGAGUGGCUGGUACGUUGUUAGCGCUCGUGCUUCCCUUUCUUUUGUCAGAAUGGUGGCAAUAAUUCUACCAAGUUGUUUCAGUCAGUUGUUAAAAGUCUGGAAGCACUGUGGCUAUGAUUCCCAUUCCUUUUAUCAACAGAUUGUGAGACAAAUAGUUAAGUUCUUUAUUCUUUGUAACUAACGUAUCAUUGUAAAAUGGGUGUACUGGGUCCUACUUUGUUUUACUGAGAUCAUUGAACGGGCAAAUAAAAGUAAUUCUAAAUGUUACAUAUGUAUAAAACUGCAAGAAUGCUUAGUUAUUUAAAGGAUACUGCUACAACAUGGAAACACAAGAUGUGAAAUGUAAAGCCUAGAAAAAAGUUAUGAAGAAAUAAAGUGUAGUCUUAAGUA